UAACAAUCGUCAUCAGAUACUUGUGGUUACAACCGGUGUCGAUGACUACGUGCUCUACGAAACACGGUGGACAAAAAUAUUUUGAAAAACUUUUGUAGAAAUACAAAUACGUGAUUAUAACAUCGACUUAUUUAAUGGAGCCUUCAUCAGAUCCAUUACUAUAGGACAGUUGAGGACGAUGUGAUAUUAUAAUCAUUCAAAUUGCUCACUCACAAAAAAAUAAUAGCAUUUUUUGCAUUUCAGAUAUUCUCUGAACGACAUAUUGAUGUGAUCCGUGUGUACGUGAAAUAGAGCUCAAAAUGCUGUGGCAGAUAGCGUUAGCCAUUUUAGUCUGCAUGAUAUUAUGGAAAUUAUUUAACACAGAGCAUAAUGACCUAGACAGUGUUCCCGGUCCGGCAAAGUUUCCCAUAAUAGGAAGUGCUAUUAUAUUUUUUGGUUUGCCUCCUAAUAAGGUGUUCGAGGAGCUUCUUAAAUGGCCGAAGAAGUACGGAAAGCGGGUAGUAGUCACCGCUCUGUAUCGUUACAUUCUCCAUGUUUACGAUAUUAGAGAUAUUGAGAUUGUGCUGUCACACUCUCGAAACAUAAAGAAGAGCAAGCCAUACGUCUUCAUUGAACCCUGGCUUGGAACUGGCUUAUUAGUUAGUACAGGAUCAAAAUGGCAUAGACGAAGAAAAAUUCUGACCCCAACAUUCCAUUUUGAUAUUCUCAAGAAUUUCAUGAAUGUUUUCGAGGAGAAGACUAAGAACCUCGUGGUGGAUCUGAAGCAGAAGGUCAGCGAAGGUUCUGGUGUGAUCGAAGUUAUGCCCUUCAUCAGUGACUUCACGCUUUAUACCAUUUGUGAAACCGCAAUGGGGAUUCGCCUAGAUUCAGACAAAUCUGAAGCAAAAUUGAAGUACAAGCAAGCGAUCAUUGACAUUGGCCCACUUGUUAUGAAGCGGUUAACGACAAUAUGGCUUCACAACGACUUUAUAUUCAGUUUACAUCCAAUCGGAAAAAAGUUUGCCGAAUGUUUGGACAGUGUGCACUCCUUUGCAGACACUGUUAUCAUGGAAAGGAAGAAAUCUUAUGAAAAUGACAAAAAGGAAGUUGCAAGCGGUGAUAGGAAACAGCGUUUGGCUCUCUUAGAUUUGCUUCUAGAAGCUGAGAGUAAAGGGGAGAUUGAUUUAGAGGGUAUAAGAGAAGAAGUAAAUACCUUUAUGUUUGAGGGUCAUGACACAACUGCAACGGCAUUAACAUUUGGACUGAUGCUGUUAGCUGAUCAUGAGGAUGUCCAGGAGCGUAUUUUAGAAGAGGUGACAAGCAUAUUAGGCGAUUCAGACCGGCCUCCAAACACAUCUGAACUCGGCGAGAUGAAGUACCUCGAGGCUGUGAUCAAGGAAAUACUGCGCAUCUACCCGAGCGUGCCGUUCAUUGGUAGAGAGAUCACCGAAGACUUUAUGUUGGAUGACAUCAAGGUAAAGAAAGGAGCCGAAGUUGUUGUCCACAUUUAUGAUAUGCAGAGGAACGAGGAUUUGUAUCCUGAACCGGAAGUGUUCCGUCCAGAAAGGUUUCUUGAUGGAGAGUCGAGGCAUCCCUACGCUUACGUGCCCUUCAGCGCUGGUCUUAGGAACUGUAUAGGUCAACGUUUCGCAAAAUUGGAAAUGAAGAUUGCUCUCUGUGAAAUUAUCCGCCACUUCAGACUAUUGCCGGUCAUGAAGGACGCACGACCCACCCUCAAAGUGGACCUAAUAUUGAGGUCCAAUGACUCAAUAUUUGUUAAAUUUGUACAACGAUAAUGAAGAUGGUACAUGCAACAUUUGGCAUGUGAUGUCGUUAGUCUUAUUCAGAACUCAUUAGAGUUCAUCACUAUAAAAAGUUUAAUAAUUUUUUAGUUAAAAAUAUAUAAUAAAUGUUGAUA